AUGGAGAUCCUGCAGUAUGCGGCUAUGCUGGAUAUGGCCUCCUGCACACGAAUGUGUGCGCCCCGUGGCAAUGCAGGAACACCGACCGUUUUGUCCAAUACAAAACGGCUCCCAAGUGCCCUGCUGGGCAGACUUACCUUUUCCAAGUGCCCAAGCUCACCUACCUUCCCCUCUGCUAAUCCUCUAACCACCCAAGAAGGAGAAGCCUUUAGAGGGGUCACUUUGAAAAGGAAAGUCCGUCCAGCUGGGCAUUUGGGAGCCAAGGUGGCUUCUUAUGAUACAGAUUUCUUAAUCUCCACAUAUGAUGUUACAUCAAGAAGUAUAUAUGUUAAAUGGACAAAAAUUGCUGGUGCCACAUCCUAUGGAAUUACUGCAUCCCCUUUCAUGUCAGCAGCCCAGUCUUCAUUUGCUGUAUUUAAUCCAGCCACAAUUAUAGGAACUUUAAAUACUUUGCUUCCUAACACCAAUUAUACAGUAACUGUAGAAGCCAAGGACAAGGAUGGUAAUACUCUUGCUCAGGCUCAAACUCUGCAGCUUACAGCUCCAGAAGUUCCCAUUAUUGAACAGGCAUAUUCCAAGCUGAGCAGUAGUAUCACAGUGGAAUGGGCUGAGGUGUCAGGAGCUACAGGUUACCAGGUCAUCGCUCAGUCUGGACAGUUGUUUUUUGAGUCUUUUGUCACCAGUUCCCCAGGAACAGUCACUGGUUUGCAAGCCGCUACGUCCUACAAAAUCACUGUGAGAUCCAUCAACUUAGCUGGAAAGAGCCAACCUUCUCCUCCUAUGUGGGCAGCAACAGUGCUAGCAGCUCCAUCUGUUACGGUGGAAUCUUUAAGCAGUGACUCUAUCGGUGUUAGCUGGCAUCCAGUGCCAUCAGCGGUUUUGUUCUCGGUUUCUGUAAUGAGAUCAGAUGGAUCUGGCAGCAGAUGGAACCAAAACACCACAGCCCUGUCCCUCGAGUUCACAUUAUUGGAUCCAGGCACUAUAUAUACUGUUAAAGUUCAUGCAUGGGAUGCCAAAGGGACCCCAGGAGAUGAUAUCACCUACAACCAGAUAACACGCCCGCUUGCUCCCUCUGAUGUUCAGAUAGCUUUCAACAGUGGAGCUUUGGAAGCCACAUUCUCAGUACCUGGAACUGAAGCCCUGACCAACAUUACAGUUCUUCUUUAUAGUGGGGCAACUACAGAGGCCAGUGCUAACUGCACAAUGUCAGGGUCUCCCUGUACAAUCUCCACAUUGCAUUGUGGGAUAGAAUAUACUGUGUCUUUGUUAGCAACCAAUGAAGCUGGAUCUACUCCAUCUGCAAAGACCUGGAGUCUUAUGUCAGUUCCAUGUGCACCAAGCGGAAUCUCUGUUGUGGAAGAAAAUCCUGGCAACCUCACAGUGUCAUGGUUUAAUGGAAAUCUCUCUGAGUAUUACGUUGUGUUUGUGAAGAGUGAUGACGGCUUUGAAGUUCACUGCAAUACAACCCAGUCACCAUGCUACUUUCCAGCUGAGUGUGGAUUCAUCUACUUUAUGAGUGUCUUUGCCUAUAAUAAGGCAGGACAAAGCCCUUUGGGUGAGAUUUUUAACUACACCACAGCACCCUGCUGUCCAAGUGAUUUCAGCACAGCUUAUGUGUCGAGUGACACGUUAGAGAUUGUCUGGUCUGCUGUGCGAGGUGCAGAAAUGUACGAGACCAAGGCUGAUGACGGGACCAACGUAAUCCUGUGUAAUGACACAGCUACAAUGUGUGCACUGUCUGGUCUGCAGUGUAACACCCAGUACAAUGUCACUGUGUAUUCAUACAGUGAAAACAGGGGCAGCAACACCUCCUGUUCAUCAAAGUACAUGAAAACAGCUCCCUGCAGUCCUGAAAUCACAAAUAUCACAACAAUUGAUGCGAGCACAUAUAUUAUACAUUGGGAUUCCAGUAACUAUAAUGCAGUGUACACGGUGACUGUCAAAGGGGAGAGUAGACUAUGGAAUUGCACCAGCUUGGGCACUUCUUGUACUCUGGAAAGCCUUCCAUGUGGAUUAAUAUACAUGGUCAGUGUCGGGGCAUCUACAGCUGAAGGAAUAAGCCUGCCCAGUUACAGCGUGCCUUUGGAAACUGCUCCUUGCUGUCCAACAAACCUUAGUGUUGUCCAAAUCACACAGUCUGUGACCAACGUAAGCUGGUCCACCGCCACAGGAGCACAGACAUAUACUACAAGGCUGCAAUCACCAAGGGGAGAGGCCAAGUGCCACACUCUAGAGGAGCAUUGCCUGCUGGGAUGUAUUACGUGUGGAACAAGUUACUCUGUAUCCCUCAAAGCAGUGAGUGAGACGGGCCUUGUGUCACAGUGUUCUUAUCAUGGGUACUCAUCCAGUGCUUGCUGUCCAUCCGGAGUGAAGCUAUAUAGACUGUCUAAUACUGGCAUCCGAGUUACUUGGCGAGCAUCAGCGUCUCCAGACAACUACACAGUCAACAUCUAUGGAACAAAAGGAAACUUUACCUGUAGUCCAAACAGCAGCUUCAGUUACUGUGAUGUUACCGAAAUUCCAUGUGGAGAUGUCUACACUGUGGUGGUUUCCCCUGCCAGCGACGUAAAGAACCAGAUUCUAUUCUGCCCUCAAAAAAUAUAUUCUGUUACGUGUUCAGGUAGCUCUCUUGGAAUGGUGAUCUAUAGAGGAAAAAGAAGCAUCACAUAAAAUAAUGAAAACUCUGCAUAUUGAUCUUCAUGUUAUCUCCCUUAUAGAAUUCAUG